GUAAAAAUUAGAAUUAUGUACAGUAUCUCAAUAAAAGAUGAAAUUAUUUUAAAAACUUCAUCUUCUUUCUUCAUUUUCUCACGAAAAAUUUUAGAAUCACAAAUAUAUAGUUCACAAAGUUAACAAACUUGUCUUUUGUGACUCCAGCAUUACCCUUGUAUCACUUUAUUCAAGGUCAGGGAUCAAUAAACAAAUCAAUGUGUUGCUUCAACUUUGCGGCGCCCUUUGACACGCGGUUGCAGAGGAAUGCUUGCUUCCAGGUUUCUCCUCAGAGCCAAUCUUGCUUUGCUAGUGGGCAAGACUUGCGUACGAUCAAGGCACCUACCAUUUUUACUGGGAUGCUCUUAUCACUCUGGUUUCAAGUAUAAUUCUGAGAUGGACUUGAAAGAAAAUUUGCUGGCUUCUAAGGUGCAGGAGAAGCAGAAAGUAGUAACUCAAGUAUGGAGACCAGUCUCGACUCUGUCAACUUCUUGUGAGGGUGAAGGUUCUGACUUCUUCAUAUGUUGGCCUCUGAGAGCUGACUUCAUAUGCAUAUAUGGAGGACAUCAUACCUUCUUUUCCCAUCUCUCAGGAGAUACACCACCUGUUGAUGAGAAACAAAUGUCAGUUGCUGAGAAGCAUUCAAUUUCAAUACAGACAGGGGCUGCUUUGAUGCGUUUCAUUAAAGGGAAAGGGGGAGUCACACAGAAAAAAAUUGAGGAGGAUCUUGGUGUUCAAAUUUCUUUUUCUUCAUCCCAAAAGGAAGAUUCUCUUACAAUUGAAGGAAAUUCCCCUGAAAGUGUUGCCGAAGCCUCAGAAAGAAUCAAGAUAAUAAUUGAUGAGGCACUUAAUAGCACAGCUCUGGACUACUCCCACUUUGUGUCACUUCCCUUGUCCAUACAUGCUGAUCUGGUAAAUAAGCUCAUUAACUUUCAAAGCUCAAUUCUUGGAGCAACAGAAGUUAAUGAAGAAGGGAAUUCAGAAAGCAAUUCAAAUGGAGACACUUCAAGUGAGGAAGAGGGUAUGAAUAUUAGUAAAACUCCAAAGGUUGUGGCAGAACCCAAGACUGAAAAUGAUGGAGAGCAUGCUAAAGUUGAUGUGCCUAAGAUAUCACUUGUGAGUUAUGCGCCUAAAGUGUCAUCAAAACUGUCAGGGAUUCAAAAAUCCACUUUCGUUAAUCCAAGAAUGCUACACCUUACUGUACUCAUGCUGAAAUUAUGGAAUAAGGCCAGAGUUGAAAAGGCUGUUGAGGUUUUGAAGAACGUUUCAUCAAAAGUAAUUGAUGCCUUGGAGAACCGACCUAUCUCUGUACGACUUAAGGGGUUGAAGUGCAUGAAAGGAUCAUUCGCCCGUGCUCGAGUUCUAUACGCACCUGUAGAAGAAAUCGGCGAUGAAGGGCGGCUUUCACGUGCUUGUCCUUUCUCAGAAGUAAUCAUUGAUGCAUUCCUUGAAGCUGGCCUUGUUCUUGAAAAGGAUGCUCAACAAAAGUUGAAGUUGCAUGUCACUGUAAUGAACGCAAGACACACGACGAGAGGGAAGAAAUGGCGUAAAGGGAUUCUCCCAUUCGAUGGAACAGCCAUAUAUGAACGCUAUGGAUCUGAAGAAUGGGGAGAUUAUCUUAUUGGUGAAGCCCAUCUCUCACAGAGGUUUGUGUAUGAUGAAAAUGGGUACUACCAUUGCUGUGCUUCCAUUCCAUUUCCCGAAGGCUCUUAGGAAUCUGCUCUUAGGAAUCUGGGUUUGCAUGGUUUCUAAGGUUAUGAUCAUCCAAUCUCAUUGAACAUCUUGUUAGAUUCAUUGGCAUUACAAAAUGUUGGUUUCAAUGCAUUCUUGAUUAUCU